AUGGGCAAGGCAUUGGAAGGCACACGUGCCGUCUGGAAGGCAUUAUGGGGCGUGCCCCCAAGUGAUGGCGAUGUCCAAUCACGCCGCCGCCGCGUCGAGGCAACCGCUAUCUGGUUCUCCGAGGAUACCGCGCCGGUCGACGUCGGGUACCAGUUCGCGGUGCUCGUGUGGUGCUAUGUGAAGCGGUCCCUGGAGUUCCGCCGCCGCGGCCAGCCCCCGGUCGUGACGGACCAGCCGUACCUCGGGCGUUGCGGCGGCUACGGCAACGGCAACAGGUUCAUCGUCACAGACCUCUCCACGCUCCAGAGCGACGGCGCCUGCCGCGGGGCGCUGCGCAGGAUGCUGGCGGAACUGCCGCAGCUCCGCGCGCUCCGCCUCACCCAGGACGAGUGGGACGACGUCGUACCCACUAACGUGGUGCCACAGAUCGUCCGCGUGGCGUGUGGCGACGGCGCCACCCGCGGGUUCACCUUCCGCUUCGCGAUGGAGGUGGACCGGCAGUUCAUACACGACGAGCGGGCCCUCCUGAUGGCGUGCAAGGAGAGGGAGCUCGGCGGCGGCGGCAGGCCGGACAAGUGCCCAAUCUGCUUGGAGGGCCUGGAGGGAGAGCCCGCCGUGCAGCCACCGAGGUGCCCGCACACGUUCCACCGCAGGUGCAUUUUAAUGUGGUUCUGCAAGGCGACGACGUGCCCAAUUUGCCGCUGUGACGUGAGGUUCUGUGCCCUGCCGGAGUUUCUUGCUCUGUAG